AUGAUGGGGAUAUUUACUGUUAUUACAGGACUCAUGAACAUCUCACAAAGCUCUGAUAUUACUGAUAAAGCCGCAACUGUUGCUAAUAAAGUCUACACUAUUUACGAUAAAACUUCAAUUAUAUGGUAUAGUGAUGAGGAUCAUAUCGAUAGAUUUCUUCAUCAGUUCAAAGGCUCAACUAUGACUAUUGCAGCGGAUAACCUUUUAUAUUUGAAUGAUACGCAUUUUCAUAAGAAAAAUAUAUAUAAUCAGACUGUUAUCUUUGCUAAUAGUCCAAAUGAAUUUGAUUUUAUUAUUAAAAAUAUAAAUAAUAACAGAACGCUUCCGAUUUAUGUCAUCUUAGUUAUAGCAAACGAAUAUGAAAAAAAUCUAAUUGAAUUUACGGAGAUAGCUUGGAAUAACGAUGUAAGUGAUAUAAUAAUAAUAAGCAAAGAUGCUGAUAACAACAUCAUAUUUUCAACAUACAUGCCCUAUAGCAAUGGAGUGUGUGGUAAUUAUAGUCCAAUUUAUUUAAGAUCCGAAUCCAAACUAUAUUUUAUGAGCAAGUACAAAAAUUUUCAUAAGUGUCCAAUCAGAGUUACUCUACUAGAUUUCAGUCCUUACCUUAAGUUGAAAUUUGUAAAUGAAACCGUUACUGAGGUAGCUGGUAUAGAUGGUAAUUUGCUAAAGUUGUUAAUAGAAAUAUUAAAUGCUACAAUGGACAUAGUGGCAUGCACUGAUCGUGGUGGAUUUGGCGGCGCAAAUAGUGGACCAAAAGCUGGUUCCUUUAAUGACUUAUUGAAUCAUAAAGCAGACAUAAUGGCGCCUGCUGUUGUUAUGGCAUCUAAAAGAUAUGAAGUGGCGCAAAUUUCCUAUGCUCCAGAUUCAAUAAAUAUAGUUUGGUGUAUGCCUAAUCAAAAAGAAAUUCAUGAAUGGGCAAAAAUAGUACUUCCUUUUUUUAAUAUUUCAACGCCACUUAUUGGAGCUGCAUUCCUGAUCAUGUUUGCUACAAUAAAGUUCAUAAAAAAAUAUGCAUUACUCAAAGAUGAGUCAAAAAAUGAUAUUACAUUUAGAAUGUUCAAGAUAUUCUUAGGCCAAGAAACAAAGUUUUUAUCACGUUAUUGGCUUGUUAAUAGUUUAUAUGCUUCUUGGAUAUGGCUUUGCAUAAUUGUACGUAUUUCUUAUCAAGACGAUCUCAUAGGCGGCUUACAGAAAACUAUUGUAGAGCCUAAAAUAACAACCCUAAAUGAAGCGAUGGCUGUAGUUGAUCAAGUUGGUGGUAUGUCCAUUUUCCGUGAUUUCUAUGAUAAUUCAACACUCCAUAAGAAGUAUGUAACAGUAAGAUUAAGAAACCUUCGUAAAAAAUUGAACGAAAUUUCAAAUGGAGACAGUUUUUUAUUUGCUGUAGAUAAAUUGCAAGUACAGUAUCAUCGUCAAAAUGUUCAAAUUCUUGACGAACGCGUGUUAACUACACCGACUUGUAUUCAUAUGCGGCCACGGUGGCCUGCUGCCUCUGAAAUUUCCGAACUAAUUGCUCGCGUCGUAGAAACUGGCUUAUAUAGGAAAAUACGGCGAAAUGAGCGUACAGAAUGGAAUCUAAUGUAUGGUAAUUUAACUGAAACACGCAAAUUCAAACCUAUCGGACUCAAGACGGUUAAUUCAUGUUUUUAUAGUCUUAUGUUUAUGUACGUGGUAAGUACGAUAGUGCUGCUGGUGGAAAUUUAUUGGAGUAAUAGGAUUACGAAAAAU